AUGGCGCCUCCUGUCGUGCCAAGCAAGCGACCGGCCAUCAGUCACCAGCACUCAUUCGACGCGCCGGGGUACAGCGAUAUCUCCGUGAAGUAUGGCAGCUAUACUCGCAGACUGCAUAGAAUAGUACUCGUCGAUGCAUCCGAGCACCUGGCGGAGGUUGUGGAGCAGAAGAAUGCACGAUUCAAAGGCUGGCUCGACGUUCUGUUUCUCGAAGAUAGCGAUCCGGACGCAAUUGAGGCUGUAUUACGGUUUGCCUACGGGUUUGACUACGACGACAUCGUGACCCUCAGCAAGGAGAAAUCCAGGACCGAGUUUCACUUGAAGGUCUACACUGCUGCGAGCGAAUACAAGAUGCAGGAAUUGCAAGAGGUCGCACGCAGGGCGUUGGACGAGUCCUUGAAGCACUUUACGGCGAGACGCCAUCGUCAGCCACACCAGGACGACAAGCGUGCUCACAGGAUCUUUGAGCUUGUGAAGCUGCUCACGACGUACCACCACUACGAACAAUACUUCGUCGACCGGAGCAAAGAAUUGGUCCAGCGGCACCUUGCCAUGCUGCUGAAGUUGGAUGGCUUCUUGCUCUGGCUGACGCAGGACGGCAGUUGGGCCGUGGAUUGCCUUCACAAAGCUGUCGACCAGGGGAGAAGCGUGACUGAACACACGAUCAAGUCCUGCAGAGAUUGCGAGACGGCAUGGGAGGAUUGCGGAUCCACCAAGCACGUGUGCACUUCACAGCCCGGUAUCCAGUCGAACGCGAAGUCUUGUGCGACAAUACGAUUCACCUGUCAGGUAGGUCAACUUCAUAACGUGGAGCAAAUAGCAUCUGGCACGUGA